AUGAGCGCGGAUGCCGAUGAGCAAGCAAAUGUUGUAAUGGUUGACUCCAUUGAUGAACUGAGACAGCAGCGUUAUACACGUUGGAAGAAGAAUUCAAAGCUCCACUAUGACUACCUGAACACCAACAGCACGAAAUGGCCAUCUUUAACGUGUCAAAUAUUUCCAGAUCUGGAUUUGGCGGGCGACGUGCACAGAAUUUUACUCUCGUCGUUCACCUCUUCACAGCUCCCCGAGGAUGAAUCGCUAUACGUCGGCAAGCUCUCAUCUAUGAAGCAUUUGGAUUGGAGUUCACUCAACAACUUCGACGCUGAUGAAAUGGAGUUCAAAAUAGACAAUUCGGUAAAACUGCCGCCCAAGAAUAUAGUAGAAGACUUGCGCAUCAAGUUUCCGGCUGGUGAUUGCAAUAGGGCUCGAUACUGUCCCUCAAAUCCAGACGUAAUAGGUGCUGCUUCCUCUAACGGAUCGGUAUACAUUUUCGACAAAACGAAACACGGAACUGCACGUCAGAAACUGAUUUCUGGCUCUGGCACUGAUGCUGACUACCAGAUCCAUUGCCAGCUAACGACGUCUGUAGAUGCUUCUUCCAAUGAAGCGGUAAGCUUGGCGUGGAAUUGGCAACAACAAAAUUUGCUCGCGACAAGCUAUUCUCGCGGACAAGUAUGCGUCUGGGAUCUCGAAAAGUUUCAAAAGGCAUCCCCAACACUCUUGGAGACACGCUUUAAAACCAGUGUCGAUCCCGAGGGCGCCAAUGACGUCUCGUGGAUGAUAAAUCACGAUUCCUUACUAGCAUGCUGUGGAGAGAGCAAUACAAUUAGUGUUCUCGAUAUCAGAACGGGCCAAGUCCCAACCCAACAUUCCCAAACCAAUGAGCAUCAUACAAGUGGUGUCAAUGCCUGCCAGUUCAGUUAUCAAAACGAUAUGCUAUUAUGUUCUGCAGAUUCUGACGGUAGAGUCAAUUUAUGGGAUAUACGAGACUUCACACAGCCUGUGAAGUCGUGGAAUCACGGCGGACCUGUCUCAACUCUACAGUGGAACCCACACUUUGCAACCGUCGUGGCUACUGCAGGCCAGGAAGACGGGUUGGUUAAGCUAUGGGAUCUGGCCCAGCCGGAAGAACAUCAGCUCAUCUUCACCCACGGCGGCCAUAUGUUGGGUGUCAAUGACAUUUCGUGGGACCAUCACGAUGCGUGGAUGAUGUGUAGUGUGGCCAACGAUAACUCGAUUCAGCUGUGGAGACCGUCCAGUAACCUGGUCGCGACCAGUAACCGCUAG